UCCCCCUCUCUCUUCCCCACUCUUCUCCUCUCCCCCCUCGCGCCCACAGCGUUUGGUGUUGAUUCGAACGGGAAGAGGGGGGUGGGUGGGAUCGGAGGGGGAGACCAUGACCUCCAGCUACGGGCAUGUUCUGGAACGGCAGCCGGCGCUGGGAGGCCGCUUGGACAGCCCCGGCAGCCUGGACACCCUGCAGGCGAAAAAGAACUUCUCGGUCAGUCACCUGCUAGACCUGGAGGAGGCCGGCGACAUGGUGGCGGCGCAGGCAGACGAGAGCGUGGGCGAGGCUGGUCGGAGUCUCCUGGAGUCUCCCGGCUUGACCAGCGGCAGCGACACCCCUCAGCAGGACAAUGAUCAGCUGAAUUCAGAGGAGAAGAAGAAAAGAAAACAGAGGAGGAACAGAACAACCUUCAACAGCAGUCAGCUUCAAGCUCUGGAGCGUGUCUUUGAGCGUACCCACUACCCAGAUGCUUUUGUUCGGGAAGACUUGGCCCGUCGGGUGAACCUCACAGAAGCCAGAGUGCAGGUGUGGUUUCAGAACCGAAGAGCCAAGUUCCGCAGAAAUGAGAGAGCCAUGCUGGCCAACAAGAACGCUUCCCUCCUCAAAUCCUACUCAGGAGACGUGACUGCUGUGGAGCAGCCCAUUGUACCUCGCCCAGCACCGAGACCCACCGACUAUCUCUCCUGGGGGACGGCCUCUCCAUACAGCGCCAUGGUUACUUAUUCUGCCACAUGUGCCAACACUAGCCCUGCACAGGGCAUCAACAUGGCCAACAGCAUUGCCAACCUGAGACUGAAGGCCAAGGAAUAUAGUUUACAGAGGAACCAGGUGCCAACAGUCAACUGAGGAAAAAAAUAAUUAAACAGGCCUAAGAAGAUAUCCAAAACCAUAAGACACCUAUCCUGCUCUGUUAUUUCUUCAUCUUCUGGAAAAAAAUAAAAAUUAAAAGCAAACAAACAAAACAGAACUAAAAAUAUUGGGACCAUGGCAGAGAAAAGCAGGAGAGGAAGCCACAUGAAAAUUAGUUAUUAAAUGUUCCUUCUCCCUCUGGGAUAUAACUACCACUUGUUUCUAUAUGUGUUGAGUUUGUCAUUUCCUCCUAUUCAAUGCUUUGCUUGAUAUACUCCAAGCUUUUUCAGUUAGAUCCAACACACCCUCCCCUGUGAUUGUAUGGGUUAAAAAAAAAAAAAAAACUACAACUGCCAAAGAAACCAUAUAUAUAGAUAGAUAGAUAGAUAUCAGUAUUCAUAAUAACUCUCUGUAAUCUCCUCAUUGACCUGUUUGAGCUCCAUCCAUCCAUCCUGGUUCUCUGUAGAGAAACUCUAGGGACAUUCAAAAAGCCAAAGUCUCUCUAAACAGUCUAUGGCAGAUAUAUUCUCUUUCUUUGUGUCUUCAUCUCUGUUAGCCAUGGCUAAAAUUUUUCCAUCAGCUGCUAGAACCAAAAAAUGUGUGCAACAUUUGGUCACCAUUGUGUGAUUGGUGACAUCUGGCUCUUUCUAAGCCCUCAGUUCUUAGAUUUAAAAGCUGAGAACACAAGGUGCUGAAUUCAUUUUAGAUCUAAGCUCUAAGCUCUAGAUGAUAGCGCCAACAUUUCCACCACCUUCACCCCCAUCCAUCCACCCAACCAUCUUCAGUUAAAGAUGUGUGUUGUUUUUGAAUGAUUGACUUCAAUGGACUAUUUGAUAGAGGAAGGUUUUUUGUUUGUUUGUUUUGUGUUUUCAUUUGAGAGAUGGAAAGUUUGAGUUGUGAGAAGCAUGACAUAUAUGUCUCUUCGGUGCCUCAAUGGUAGUCAGGACGCACACUUAUAUAUGCUGUAUAUAUUUAUAUAGAUUUUAUAUAGAUAUAUAAACUAUUCUUGCAAACUUGAGUUUGCUGCUUCUUGAACACAAAGAGAAAGUCUCGUACCAACAACACCAUCGUUAUCACUCUAGGGAUGAGAAUUUUUAUUAGGGAUUUUAUAUUCUUUCUUUCUCUCCACAAAUUCUCACUGAGGCUCCAGGGCAACCAGUUGAAAGCAUAUCUACUUGAGAGCAGAUCUCAUUGUUCACAUUAAGACUAGACAUAUAUUAGGAAUUAGUUGAAGUUUUAAAAAUGGCCUUGAGUUUGUAGUCUGGGCCUGUUUAAAUGCUGACAUAUCCUUCUCUGUCUCUUAUGGGAAUUACACUCAGAAGAGAGAAAGUUUAUUGUAUCUGCCCUUUCCCUAUGCCACAGGAAUCUGAAAGACACAUGUUUACAUGGAAUACUUAAAGGCUUGUCAAAAUUUCCCAAAUUCAAAAGGCAGCGGUGGGGUCUUUGUAUUUUCUAUUAUUUUUGAAGUAUAGUGUCUAGGGCUUGAAGCUAGGAAUUGACCUUAUUUUUAUUUCCAGCAGUGCAUCCAUAACUUGUCAGGUGGCUUUGACCAAACCACAUGACUAUGCCAUGCCUCAGUUUACCUUUUUGUAAAAUGGGUUUAGCAAUACUUACCUACCUCACAGGGGUGUUGUGAGGCUCUAGUCAUUUGCUUUUUUGUCCUUAUUUAUAUUCUGUGUGCUCAGCACUUUGCAGCCCUGGAAGGGAAGAGAUGAUAAAAAUAUACAAUGGUAAUAGAAGAAUGCAGUAACUGUGCUUUCUAGAAAAGUAAUUCUACCUUGCAUAAAUAUUUAAAACCUUUUAUUUGAAAAUGAGCAAAAGAUUUAUAUUUAUAGAUAGCCUGAAAGACACAUUAUUUGGCCAAAGAUUAAGUUAAGAUAUACAAAACAUCCUGACCAGUUUAAUUCUAAUAACUUUAGUUGUCAAGUUAUUAAGAAGUUUUAAGUUGAUACUGGCCAAAUAUUUACAAUUCUAAGUGACAUGCAAGGAAUUUGGGACUUAAGAUGCACUUUUGGUGCACAGUUAUCUUUUCCCUGGACAUUAUUGACUGAGCUGAUGGGUUCUUUUUGUUUGUUUGUUUGUUUGUUUUUUCUUUCUGUCACUAAUAUAAAAAAUGUAUUUCAAAUGUUGAUUCUGCAUUUCUUUCAAUAAUAAGAAGCAAGUUCCUCUCAUACUUUAUGCUUUUACCAUCUGAUUCUCUCUUCUUUUAAACUAUUAAAACAUUUCUUAAUGACUAGUUCAUAUAAGCCAGUUGAACAUACACGGUACUUACUUUCUAAAGUCCCUUGACUAAUUAUUUUGUCCCCCUAGCUACUGUGUUACUAAAUGUCAAAAGGAUGGGGUACAUUCACAGAUUAAUUUUUUUUUAAAUUGUGACAUUGGAGGAUGGAGUUUGGAAUGAACAGCUAAACAAAGAUUGGGGUUAUAGUGCAGGGAACAGAAAUCAUUCAUAAAAAGAUUUUGCUUAAGAAUGACAGAAUCUCAGAUAAGGGAGUAGAGAUAAAAGGGCAUCUGAACCAAAGUAAUUUGAAGCUUUCAUCCUGACAUCCAUUCCAUUGGUGAACAGAAAACCUGAACCCAUAACCCAAAUACCCUAAGACACUGGGCAGUUUUACUUACCACCUGUGCAGGUGUUGACUAGGAAUAGGAUAUCAGUGUUUUACUGUUUAUUGCUGGUGAAUCAAUGCCACAAACAUUUAUUAACUAAGCACUUGAUCAAGUAUAAACAUGAUAGAGCACUCUGGUUUUGGUCCAUUAAUAUUAGUUUUAAGAAAAUAGAAGGUUGAUAUAUGCUUUGGAAGGAUGUCCUUCUGGUUCCUAAGCCAGGUGUCAGCAGAAGUCCUCAGAGUCACCAAGUUCAAAGCACACUCCUCACCAUCACUACCCCCAGGUAUAGAUGAACUACACACAAAUUAUAAGAUGCUGACUGUAUGGUACUUGACAGGUUAAAUCAAACCUGAAGAGGUGACUGAAUAAAAAAAGGAAAUGGCAUUUGGGGUAUAAAGUUCUCAUAAGAAAUGUAAUAUGUAAAUUAUAUCUUGCUUUAUGAUGUAAAAUAUACAUUGUUUGCGCUAGAAUAGAAAUGAUUUCUUUUCAAUAAAAAGAAAGGACACUACAAUGUUGUGUCUGUGGACA